AUGGCGAGAUGGCAAAUAUUGUUGUCCAAAUUUGAUAUAGUCUACAUGAAUCAAAAAGAUAUGAAAGAAAGUGCUAUUGCCAACUUCCUAGAAAGAAGACCAUUAGAAGACUAUGAGCUAGUAAAAUUUGAAUUUCCAAAUGAGGACUUAAUGAGUAUAUUUGCCGCGGAAGAAAAUGCUCCGAAAGAUAAAGACUGGAAAAUGAAUUUCGAUGGUGCCUCAAAUGUUGUGGGAUAUGGAAUUGGGAACUUCAAGCUCAACCAUGGUCCAAAGCAAAAAAAAGCAAAUGAUCAGCCUGCUUUUAACUGGGCUUUACUAAAAACUUCUGGAGUGGUGGAUCUCUACCUCCUUCCUCAGGCAGCAUUUCCAACAGGAGGAUUAUACUUCAAGAACAAGACAUGGGUGCAACAAACCAGGGGAAUGCAUGUCAUAAUUCAUAAUAAUUACAUCCUCGGCUUUGAGAAGAAGACCAAGCUCUUCCGAGACCAUGGCCUUUGGUUGGUUGAUGAUCAUGCCCUCGAGUCCCCUCUGGAUGGACUAUGAAAAAGCCGAAAGACCAUGUGAUUGCCUUCUGCACAACCAAUUGCAGCCCCAAGGAUGGAGCAUCCAGUUGGAUCAUCUUCUUCUCGAAACCAUCUGCUUCUAAGC